AUGAGCACAGUAGGACCUCAGAGAAAGGGUGUGGUAGGAGCUGGGCCUAGAAGAAAGGGUGAGGAAGGACAGGGUGAGGCAGAGCAAAGAAGUGCCAACAUCUUCAUAGAAGGUGACCAGUGUACCACUAAUAUUCUGGUGACUGUUGCAGUUUGUGUUGCAGUAGAUUUCAUCCAGGCCUCUUCUCCCAUUUUUGGGGAACUUUGUUUAUUCCCUGUUUGGGAAAAGUUCUCCUAUGGAAUUGAACCUGUGAUUGUUGAAUUCCUGAAGGACAUAUGUACCAAUGAAGUUCAUGUGUUAACUGUUGGGAAGUUGGUUUCACCAAAAUGGAAGAAUUUUAAAGGCUUAAAACUUCAGUGGAGGGAUAAAAUUCGUCUCAACAACGCCAUCUGGAGGGCCUGGUAUAUGCAGUACCUGGAGAAACGCAAGAAUCCAGUGUGCCAUUUUGUAACUCCACUAGAUGGCUCUAUUGAUGUAGAGGAACAUCGGCGGCCUGAAGCCAUUGCAACAGAAGGGAAAUAUUGGAAACGAAGAAUCGAAAUAGUCAUCAGGGAAUAUCAUAAGUGGAGAACAUACUUCAAGAAAAGGUUACAGAAACACAAAGAUGAAGACCUUUCAAGUUUGGUGCGGGACGAUGACCUGGUUCUCUGGCAUCAGAGUAGGUAUGGCAGAGAAACCCCAGUCCCCAUGGAGGAAGAGUCCUUUCUGGAUGCAGAUUUGCUUAUGUCUGAGUUCACAGACACCCUCUUCUCUACACUUUCUUCACAUCAGCUGGUUGCCUGGCCAAAUCCCAGAGAGAUAGCACACUUAGGAAAUGCUGACAUGAUUCAGCCAGGACUUAGCCCUCUCCAGCCAAAUCUAGAUUUCAUGGAUACUUUUGAACCUUUUCAGGAUAUAUUCUCAUCCAGUCGCUCUGGCAACAUGUUCACUUCUCUCCCUGCUGCCAGUUCUUCUAUGACAGAUAACAGCAGCCAUUCUUCCCAGUCUUCUGUACUGCCUUCGGAUACAUUAUCCAGCACACUCCCAACGGGGAACCUCAGUGAAGAAUUGAUUGCCUCAUCCGUACCUGCUCCUGUCAUUCCCGAUGUUGGUGCUAAUCAGUGCUCCAGCAUUAGGAGUGGCGGAUCUUUAAUCCAGCCAUCAGACUUCAAUUCUGAUUCAUCUCUCAAUGGCCAGCAGUCAUUUCUUCCGGUGUUCCCAGCUUCAGUGCCACUGUUACAACCUACAGUCCCUCCACACCAUACCGCUUUGCCCACAGUGCCUCUGAAUGCCAACUUGAAUUCCCAGCCAUCUGCUUUUACUGCUUCAGAAACCCAAAAGUUUGCCCUCACAAAAUCUUCCGUUGUUACCCACACAGCUUCUGCCACCCUGACCCACAACGCCUCUGCCACCACUUUCAGCCAGAGCCAGAACCUCAUCCUGGCAACGCAGCAGCCGGGGGGAGGAGUGCCUUGUAACCUGAGCUGUUCUGCAGAGCCUGAAAAAAGCCCCAAACAGCCACAAAAAAUAGUGCCUGCUCCAAAGCCUGAAACAGUCUCCUUAGUAUUAAAAAAUGCCUUCAUUACCCCAGCUGCCUUUCAGGGACAGUCCAGAGCUGUGAUUGUAACCCGUGCACCUUUAAAAAGAGAAGGGAUUUUGACUCCAGCUAUUUCUCCACCUAGUGUUGUAAUUGCACCAGCUGGAAUUGCCAGGGCUUCUGGUGUGGCAGAAUUCCAUAACAACAUUCUGGUUGGUCGAGCACAGCAAGCUCCAAGUAACCAGCAAGUCCAAUCCACAGUCCCACAUCUCUUCUCUCCUAGUGCAGUCCAAGAUGUGAAAGGAGAGCAAAUCCCUUCCCACAGUACCUGUUCACAGGUUCCCUCACCUACUCCUAGCCGAGAUUGUCAGAAUUCAGGACAAGCCUCUCCCUGUCCAUCUGAGCAAAGCCCCAGUCCUCAGUCUCCACAAAAUAAUUGCUCAGGAAAAUCCACAACUGACCCUCAGAUGGCUGCAUUUAAGAAUCGAAGGAUAAAGCAUAUUUCGGCAGAACAAAAGAGAAGAUUUAAUAUCAAGAUUGGUUUUAGCACCCUGAACAGCUUGGUAUCAGCUAACUCUAAGUCAAUCAGCCAUGCGAUCACGCUCCAGAAGACUGUGGAAUAUAUAGCUAAGCUACAGCAGGAGAGAAUGCAGUCACAAGAGGAAACCAGGCGCCUCCGGGAAGAGAUUGAGGAGCUAAAUGCUACCAUCAUUUCUUGUCAACAGCAGCUUCCUGCUACUGGGGUUCCCAUUACACGGCAGAGAUUUGAUCACAUGCGGAGUAUGUUUGAUGAGUAUGUGAGAAACAGGACCCUCCAGAAUUGGAAGUUUUGGAUUUUUAGUAUUAUUAUUAAGCCAUUGUUUGAGUCCUUCAAUGAAAUGGUGUCUACGACCAGCUUAGAGGACCGCUUGGCUGGAUCAAUAUUGUUCGCUCCCUGUUCUGAGGCCAAUGGUGCUGAACACCCUUCGGCAUCUCAGUACAACCACCUCCAUUCUGUCAGAUCCAUCACGUAUGCCAGAGCAAGCCAUGGAGGCAGUUUGUAAGAUCAACAAAACAGCCAGGGAAACUUAACAACCAUGAAUGAUGAGAUGCCUAUGUAAAAUGUAACGUCCCAGCCUCACAAACUUGUGAGUCUCCUUACAGUUGGUGCACUUUAGAAGGAUUCUCUUCUCUCAUGUAGGACAUUGUUCAAGCAUUUUGCCUUUGGGCUCUGAAGGUAUACAACUACAGUACAACAUUGUUAAUAUUUGGUUCCUUCUUCACAACCUUUUAGUUUCAGUUAAAGUGAAAAUGCCAACCUCAGAUACCUAAGUAGGCUCGAGUGCUGCAUUCAGCAAUAGAAAAUCUCCAUCAAUGAAGCAUGAACAACCACACAGUGAAUAUCUUUGCAUAAAAUGACUUCAGGUACUAAACAAGGUGUAAAUUCACUACACCUAGGAACAAUUUGUUAAAGGGAAAUUCACAUUUGAUUUCAUAAAAGAUAAUGUGCUUUUUCAUUUUAUUAUUUGGAGUUCAUUCAAUUUCUUUGUUGUUUUACUUGAACAAUAAAAGUUGAUAAAAAGAAUGAUCAACAUAUUAAAACCAAAGGAGAAAAAUGUUAAUCAAAGAUUCAAAAUUGUGGUAAAAUGCUAGAAUAAAAAUCUCAGGUUGUGUAUGUAUCAGUUCAGUAUAUGAUUUGUAUGUUAAUCAUUUGGAGGGCAUGCUUUAUUUCGUAGCAUAUAAAGAAGCAGAUUUUUUUUAGAUUUUUUUUUCAUGAUUUAGUCAGUACAUGUAAGCAGCGGGAUAGUUUGACAAGUACAAGAGGACAACUUAACUUUAAUUUGUGUGAAUUCUUUACUUGUCUAUAUAGACAUGAAUUUUCAUAUAGGUUUAAGCUGCAAGCUCUUUUUUCUUAUAUAUUGCAGAGUUGAACUUUUCAUCAUACAACAUGUGCACAGAUGAUGCUGUAAUGCAGGGGUGGGGAACCUAAGGCCUGCCUGCAUGGGUCUGGCCUCUGAGACUCAGGGCUCCCCCCCAAAAUUGGGGAACCCAUGCUGGUACUCCAGCCCCUGCCACUGUGCCCCCACAGGGCUGGAGUACUCAAAAUCUACAAACCUGGGCCUCCCUAGGCUCUGUGGGGAGUGUCUUUUUCCUUCUCAAUCAGGGGCCACAUCAGUGAGGAUUUUUUUUUCUCUCUCAUUUGUGUGCAGCCCUGACUGAUUUUUCUGUGGGUCAGCAGCCCCCGACUCAAAAAAGAUUCCCCACUCCUGUUGUGGUGCUUCAGAGACAGAAACUGAGUUUGUAUUGCUAGGAAAUUGGCAUUUAUGUUAUCACAGAAAUUAGAUCAGUCCACGUGCACUCAUAAGCUAUCCUUCACUCCUAUAUCUUCUUUGCCUAUUUUCCCUGUGUCAGAGGCCCUGCUCUCAGUCCUAAACUCUAGAAAGAUUUAGGUCACAGUUAUCAGUCUUUAAGAGGGGGCUUGCAUCCAAUAUAAAAUUUAAAACACAGCUUGUUUGAUAUCUGAAAUGUGAUCUAAUUCACUGUGACUGUCCCAAUAACUGACAUAACUGUAGAUGCGUCUAAGCAUCACUGUUCACUUCCAAUGUGCUCAUCACCAUAGUGCCAACAACUUCUGGCCAGCAGUAACCAUAGAGACUCUUAACUCAUGAUUUGCAGACCUUGUCUUUCAGUGCCUUCUCCACUGCUCUUGACAUGGAGGAUCUGCAAAAUUGACUUUCUUUGGUUGGAGCAAAGGUGGAGCCAAAAGUCUUUGGGUGUUUUUUUUCUUUCCACAGCACCUUGCCUCCCAGGGUUGUUCUCAGUCUGCAUAGUGGGGACAGGAUUUGGCUUGUGGGUAAAACGUUAUUCUGCUGCAUCUCUGUAACGAAGUCUGUUAAAAACCUGAUCCUUUAUCUCUAACCCCUUUGACUUGAAAGUAGAGGCACCAUGUAAGGCUUAAAUCUUCAGUCAAGGUUUUUAUGCAACACUCAUCACUGCAAUAUCUGAGCUCCUGCUUUUCAAUGCAUUUUGAAAAGCUAAAUGAUUUGUUGCUUAGCUACUACCAUAUAGCCACCUAAGAGGGGAGCUAUCCUGUGCAUUGCUAGGGAAAUGCCUCGUGGUGUCAGCUUUCACACUGUUGGGCAACUCCAGUAAUAUGAUUACUCAUCUGAGCAUUAUUUUUGUUCCAUUUCAUUAAUUAAUUUCAUCUGCAAAAAAAGUGAGCCUUUAAGGCAUUGAUUAUAUUUUGUAUCUGAUUCAAAAUUUGAGAUCUCAAGUGUUUAACAAAACUCUCAGGUCAGUUUUCAUGGCAAAAAAAAAAAUUAAGCACAACUUAUUAAUAACCCUGACAAUUGCACUGCUUUCAGGAGAGGCGUUAGUAGGAACUAUGUUAACAAUCCAAUUAAAGUCAUGUAAUAGCUUCCCUUGUUACUUUUCCUUCCCAUGUCAAAAGCAAACUGCAUUGAGAUGGACAGGUCUAAAUACACUGACAGUAGAUAGCUAGAAAGUUAACUGCAAAUAAUUUGAUAUUAUACAUUCUAAAAUAUUUUCAGGGAUUUUACAUCAGGAAGCAAUUCUUCACUUUAUGUGCAGUAUAACUUUCCAUUUGGAAGGCCAAGCUUUCACAAACCACCUAUGAAACAAACUGCAGGAUUUUCCUGUCCUGAAAGUUUGCAUCAUCAAUUUUUCACAGCUGAGUUUUUGCACAUGCUGAACAUCAAUUGUUGUAGAAAUGGCAUCUGUGCAUGCAAAUUUAGAAACAUUUUGCUACUCAUUUAUAUACCUAAGUAGCUAUGGAAAAGGUGCAGUCACAGCCAGUUGGCAACUGAAGGCCCUUUCAAAUGACUUUAUUGAAAUAGUAUAUAGAGAUGGUUGUUAAGCAAUGAAGUGGCUUUUCUACAUAUAUAUACUCAGGUCUAGAUAUGCAAUAUAGUCUAUUAAUAAAGUAAGCAAUAGUGUUUGGGAUCCAUCUGAAUAAAUGGUUCUGUAUAAAUGUAAGAUCUUUUCUAUUGAUGUCUGUAUUCAGCCUUCAUUUUAUCAGUGACCUUAACUUCUGUCUAACAAAAUCUUUGAUGUAGUGAUUAGUUGGGUCCCCCCAACUUCCUCAAUUUACAUGUCUAGUUUGUUGAUAUAUACGCAUAUCUAUGUUAAAAUGUGUAUCCGGUUAUUAGAAAGAAAAUCAUUGAUAAAAUGUUCAGGACUAGAUCACUUUUCAGUGAUACAUUACAGAUCAAAUCUUGUUUCUUAGUAAUAUUUUUAAUAUGUUUAAUAACUGAAGUUGUCUCCAGUCUGCAUGGUAGAUAUGAUGUCUGGUUCUUACCUCAUCCCAGUGUAAAGUGGGAGUAAUUGCAUUGAUGUCAAUGUGUUGCAUGAUCAGAAUCAAGCUUCCCCUCAACAAUCAAGAUGAAUUAAGGAAUGACACCUGAGAAAGCUCACUGAAGUCUUUCUGAUGACUUCCAGGAGCAUUGGAUCAGGCCCGAAAGAGGUUUAGUUCCAACUCCCAUUGAAAUCACUAAAAGGACUCAUAUUGUUUGCACUGGUAUCCUAAAGGAACAUUAAAGGAUAUUGUGAGCUGCUUAAACUUAGCAGGAUACCACAUUUUUAUCUAGAAGUCUGCUAAAAACUGUCGCGUCUCUCUGCAUAUCUGAACAGAUUAAAAUUGGACAGUUAGAAUGCAUCUCAUUAGAUUUAUGGGAAAUAGACUCUGAACAGUUAUGCCUGCUACACGAAGAUCAGUAGCACUUGUAUCUGUUUUUUAAUUAAAAAUUGCUGACAGUAACAGCGGGAGGGGGAAAAGUGUACAAGGAAGAAGAAAAAAGUAUACAGACUUUUUAUUCUGUCUGGCACUUACCAGAAAUCAUCUUCUUUCCUAAAUCUUUUGAGAUGAACAAAUACCUCUGACGCAUAAAGACUUGAACAAUAAGAUCUUGCCCCUUAAUGGAGGUUUCUAAUUCUGAGAACCUUUUGUCACCUGAUUUCUGUAAAUGUGAACUCUCAUUUAUUUAUGACAGACUCCAUGUUUUAUCACAUUCCAUCUAGUGACUGUGCUCUUUGGGUGUGCUGAAAACUGGACUGGGAGUUUACAAACCUUGGUUCAAUUCCUGAGUCUGCCACUGUUUUUGCCGUAUCAACAUGGGCCUGGUCACUUCCCUUUGCCACAGAUUCCCCACCUGUAAUAUGGGAAUAAUGAUGCUUGCCCAUCUAUUUUAAAGUAGUUAGUAGUUCUGCAGAACUUUUCGUUAGAUCUCAAAGUAUUGUUAUGAAAAGACAGUGACCCAAUUUAUACCGAGGAACUAUGGUAUACAUUUCUCUCAUAUAAGGUUGAACCUUCUAUUUCUUUUUACCAACUGUGGGGUUUAAAUAACACAUUUCUCAAAAAGAAGAUUUCUGCCAAGAGUAGUCACACUCUUCCUCAGCUUAACAAGUUCCAUCUCAGUUCUCUUUGGCUCCAAACAGAUGCAGUCACUCAAGCGCACCCCAAUAUCUGUCUGCAGUUUACAGAGAAUUUCAGGUGAUGCUUGCCAUCUACCUUGCCUUCAGUGGCGUCCUACUGUGCAUCUGGUUCCCAAACCAUCUGUCAUGCUCAGAUUCAUUCUUAGCUUCCCUAAAACAUAAAAUCUGCUUUUCUCAGACCCAAAUUAUGGGGCUCAGUACAGGGGUACCCAGGUGAAAUAAUGACCUGUGAUAUAGUGAUUUUCAUGGUCCCCUCUGCCCAUAAACUCUCUACAUUCUGAACCCCAACACAUCAGCUGUUUUAGCUCUCUUAGGACCUUGUGCUCCCUGCCAACAGUGCAGACAUGGGCAGCAAAAACUAGAAACUAGCUGUGGUUGAGGGAGCAGGAGUGCAGCAGGGUUGCUCUUGGCAGCAUGAUCCCUUCGCAAAGCUGUUGGGAUUUCUUUGUGGGCAAUAGUGAGGCUCUGCCAUGACUUUCCAGUCUCCUAGAAGAAAUACCCCUGAAGGAAGACUUUCUGUAUCAGUGGCGUGAAGAGAGCUGCGUGGCCAGGCAUAGAUGUUCUGAUUCUGUGCACCCCUGUACCUGCCCUUUCUCAGUGUUCCAAGCCCCUGGAGAUUUUCUCACAGACCUGAGGCAAUGUCUGUGCAGCAGGCGUGACAGUGGCACAGCUAUGGUACUGUAGCUACACGGCGGUAGUAUAGACCUUUCUUAUAUCGAGAGAACGGGGUUUUCCAUCAGCAUAGCUAAUGCACCCCUUGGAAAGCCAGUUGCUAAGUUAACAGACAUCAUCUUCCGUCAACCUAGUUAUGUCUGCACUAAGAGUUAGAUCAACUUGACUGCAUCACACAGGGCACAAAAUUCUUCGUAGACCCAAGAAAUGUACUGAGGUCAAUCUAAUUUGUAAGUGUAGACCAGGCCUAAUUAGAACACUACAGGUUUGGUGUGUCUCAGUUCAACAACCCCCUCCCAACAGAAUAAUAUAGUGAAGCUUCCAGGGCCCUGUGUGGUUUUCUGAGUAGGGGAUGAUCUGGCUCUUAGCAUUCGGAAUUCUAAAAAGUACUUGGUUUUUGGGAAAUAUGCACAAAAAUGUCCUGCUGCUGCUCAUAGUCUCUAGACAGCAGCUUUCUGCUAGAUCUCUAGGCAUCUGCAAGUGUUUGAAAAGACUUGCCAUCUGGAGUGAAUCCAUUUAGUUUUCAGCCCAACAGUUUGACAUACUAGUAUAUGAGUUUGGUUUUAAAAUCCAAAGCCUCUGUGUGUUUUGGCAGGGGUCUGAGAGUUGUACCAAUAUUUCAAUGCUAGUGGCAUUUCUGAGUAAUGGCAAAAAUGUUCAACUCAUGAAGCUUUUGUAGUUCAGAUACCUGGAAAGGAGUUCCAUCGUUUCUGUCCAUUGUUGGGGAAGUUAAUUAUUUCCCUGCUAGUGCCGGUUGAAAGCUACUUUUUUGGGGGAGGGAGGGGAAAUUGACAAGUCAAGUAUCAGGACAGUUUUGAAUAAUUUUUCUGGUGUUAUCUACAUUAUAUUUUCAGUGCCUACCGCCACUCUUGAUUAUACACCAAGAUAAAGUAAAACUAUACAAUUACAGUUGCUGCUAAAUCACAUGGUCUUUGGGGCCUGAUCCAGCAAGUUGCUGAGUGUAAUUCUUUUGACCUGAUUAAGAUAUUUGGCUGUAUAAGGACUGCAGCAUUUGUCUGCCCAUUGCUUGCCUCCAGUAAUUUCCACUGUGGGAGGGACAUGUAUUUCAUAAGAGUUUCCACAGUAAAGCCCCUCCUUCUCUUUGCCCUGUUCCCAUUGACUGUGGGGCACCAGCUCUCCAUUUUUCUUUCUUAUUAAACAUGUGUCCUGCAGUUUUGUAUUGAUGGAGUGCAGGCACACCAGUAGGUUUUAGACAGAUCAGUAAAACCUGGUAUGGUUACAAAGUCAUAUACCAAGGCAUUUUAAUAGAAAGGUUUCAUGGCUGUUGUUUGAAUUGCUUUUAUUUCUGAACUUAAGCACAGUUCAUAAGCACGAAUAAAAUGUUAAGACAAA